UAAAUAUUCGUUUUCCGACAAGAUGAUAUUUCUAAAACUAUUAUUAAUAAGUAGUGGAUUAAUGUUUAUCCCUGAAACGGCUUCUAUCCGUAAUGAAUCAUCUUUAUGCUAUCAACCAUCAAAAUUUAUAAAACCAAUCCAUUACGAUAUCAAGCUUAUAACAUAUAUUGAAGGACAUAUUUUCUAUGGAGAAUAUAAUAUCAGCAUAAGCAUUCUUAACCUAACGCAACGAAUAUUUUUACAAUCAGAAAAAUUAAGUAUUCAAGAUAUAGUUUUAUUUAAAAAUAUAAAAAAAAAUCAUGAGAAUGAUAAUGAUACAGUUUAUGAAUCGGUACGUGAUAUUAAAGAAGACACAAUUGUUAUUUUGUUUAUAAAUGAGUUAUUACCAGGAAAUUACACUUUAAAUAUAAAAUAUUAUGGUACUUUUAAUGAAGAUUUUAGAAUUUACGACAUAAAAGGAAAAAUGGCCUGGGUAGCUGCUAUUCAUUUCCAUACAAUAUGGCCGCAACAAAGGUCUUCAUGUAGGGAUGAACAGAAUUUAUUGUUAGAAGCAACCUUUAACAUGUCUAUAGGAUGUAAUCAAUGUACGGCUUUAUCAAAUAUGCCAUUGCAAAAUGAGGAAGAAAAUGAGUACAAAAUGUUAUGGACACACUUUGCUACCACAUCUGCAAUGUCGCCUUAUCUUAUAAGAAUGAUUGUGUCUAAUUUCCUCUCACGUAUUGAUAAUGACAAUCGAAACAUUGAAAUGUGGUGCAAUAACAAAUAUGGAUUUUAUAUGAAAUUUGCAAUAAAUUUUGCUGAAAAUAUCACGUUGUUUCUUAAAAAUGAAUGGAAUUCGAACGUAAAGGUGACUCACGUUGCAAUUCCAAAUUUCCAUGACAAUGACAUAAUAGAUUUCGGAAUUGUUUUUUAUAAGGAUACAGAUAUCAUCUACGAUAAAAAUUUACAUUCUAUUGCUAAAAAAAUUGAAGUAGCUCAAUUAGUAGGACGUAAAGUGACACAGCAAUGGUUUUAUAACAUGUUGAACAAUCCGUUAGUGUCGGAUUUUUGGUUUAAAAAAGGACUUAUUACAUAUCUUGCAACGUAUGCAGUCAAGAUGACUUAUCCAGAUUAUCAAAUAGAAAAUUUAUUAGUUGUUCAAAAUCAACAUUACUCUUUUAAUUUGGAUAGUGGUUAUUAUAUGUGGAAUUCUACUUUACAAGAUAACAAUUCAUCGGAAAUUCCCAAUUCUAUCAGAGCACCCUUUAUAAUGCGCAUGAUGGAACUCUCCUUAGAAGAAAGUUCUUGGAAUAACAUUCUUUCAUAUGCAAAUAGCACGCUAUCACAUCGUCUAGACUCUACAAAUUUUAUGAGGAAUAAUCAUUUAAGAAUAAGAGAGAUUAUUGUUAUGCGAAAGUGGGCUGCGGAAAAGCAUUGUCCUUUCAUUAAAGUAGAACGAAAUUAUAUAGAUCCUAUAAGCCACACAACCGUAUCGAUACAAUAUAUCGACAUAUUAGUAAUUCGUCAAAUUCUUAUAACUUUUAGUACGCAAUCAUCUUCCGAUUUUAACAAUUUCACUCCUUAUUUUCUAUACGCGUUCGAGGAUUUCGAAUUAUCAUUACCAUUUAAAGAGAAUGGUUGGAUGAUAUUCAAUAUACAACGAGUUGGAUAUUAUCGCGUUAACUAUGAUGAUGAGAAUUGGCAAAGAAUUUCAAAUUUUCUAAACUCUGAUAAUUACAUGAAAAUUCAUGUUCUUAAUCGUGCCCAAAUUAUCGAUGAUGCAUUUCAUUUAAUGAUAGCAGGCCAACUUAACUGCCAUAUAUUCUGGGAUCUCAUAAAAUAUUUGCAUCGAGAAGAAGAUUAUGUGGCAUGGUAUCCUAUGUUUAAAGCUAUGGAAUACAUGUAUGGUACUUUUCCAUGGAAAGAAAUGGUUGGAAAUGUUACGUUUUUACUAAGAUACGCAUUAUACAUGGUACUUGAAAGAAUCAAAUAUGAAGAAAUUGAUGAUACAGACGAACUUAGAAUAUGUUUACGACAAGAAGCUGCAAGAUGGGCAUGUUUUCUCGAUAGCCCGACAUGUAAGAAAAAAGCCAACGAUAAAUUAGAACAACAUGUCCAAGAUCCUACAAAACACAAACUCUUGCCAUGGUGGCAGGAAUGGACAUAUUGUAACGGUUUGAUGAUAACUAACAACAAUGAGAUUUGGCAAUUAGUGUAUGAUAUAGGAUAUGAAAAAUUUAAUCCUAAAUUUAUACAAUAUUUGGCUUGCCCUGAUAAUGCUAAUAUGACUAGAGACUAUUUACGAUUUCAAUCUAUUAGAGAACGAGAAAAUCAAUAUGUUCUUACAUACAGUCUCUUACAUAUUAUUACGAGGCAUGCUAAAAAUCAAACUACACUCCGUUUCAUAUUAAAUGAUCUUUUGGAAGUAAAACCAAAACAUGUUGAUAUCACUGCAGCAAUAAUUAUUAUUAUUAAUAACGUAUAUUCCGUAAAUCAAACUCAGGAAAUAAACAGUUACGUUCAACGGUUGAAGGACAUUGUACACAUAAAUGUUGAUAUGAAAGCAAAGGAUAUCAUAACGCAGAAUUCUGACAAAAUUAAAAGCAAGAUAUCAAUGCGCAACAGUCAAAUCGAAAGACAAAGACAGUAUUUUGAUAGUAUUUUUUAUUAUAAAUAGAUAAUACUAGAAAGUAAAAAAAUUGCAGCUUUGCAUUGUGUACGUGGAUAUACUUCAUAUUAAUAAUUUUCUUUA